AGCCGCUUCGAGUCAAAGAUCCAUGACCUGAGAGAGCAGAUGAUGAACAGCAGCAUGAGCUCCGGCUCCGGCUCACUCCGGACGAGUGAGAAGAGAUCUCUGUAUGUCCGAGCCCUUUUUGACUAUGACCGGACCCGGGACAGUUGCUUGCCCAGCCAGGGGCUCAGCUUCUCAUAUGGGGACAUCCUGCAUGUCAUCAAUGCCUCCGAUGAUGAGUGGUGGCAAGCCAGACUUGUCACACCCCAUGGUGAGAGCGAGCAGAUCGGGGUCAUCCCCAGCAAGAAAAGGGUGGAAAAGAAGGAAAGAGCACGGUUGAAAACAGUGAAGUUUCACGCCCGGACUGGCAUGAUUGAGUCCAACAGGUCGAUCAAAACGAAACGUAAAAAGAGUUUCCGCCUCUCUCGAAAGUUCCCAUUUUACAAGAGCAAAGAGAACUUGGCCCAGGAGAGCAGCGGACAGGAACAGGGCGUGACAUCAAACACCAGUGACAGCGAGAGCAGUUCCAAAGGACAAGAGGACGCCAUCCUGUCGUACGAGCCAGUGACGCGGCAAGAAAUUCACUAUGCGAGGCCAGUGAUCAUCCUGGGGCCAACGAAGGACCGAAUUAAUGACGACCUCAUCUCUGAAUUCCCACACAAGUUUGGUUCCUGUGUUCCCCACACUACCAGGCCUCGGCGUGAGAAUGAGGUGGAUGGACAAGACUAUCACUUCGUUGUAUCCCGCGAACAGAUGGAGAAAGACAUCCAGGACAACAAGUUCAUAGAGGCUGGGCAGUUCAAUGACAAUCUCUAUGGGACCAGCAUUCAAUCAGUGCGGGCAGUGGCGGAGAGGGGCAAACAUUGCAUCCUGGAUGUGUCUGGCAAUGCUAUCAAGAGGUUGCAACAAGCACAACUUUAUCCCAUUGCCAUUUUCAUCAAACCAAAAUCCAUUGAAGCUCUCAUGGAGAUGAACCGGAGACAGACAUACGAACAGGCCAACAAGGUCUUUGACAAAGCCAUGAAACUCGAGCAAGAGUUUGGAGAGUAUUUUACAGCCAUUGUACAAGGAGACUCCCUUGAAGAGAUUUACAGCAAAAUCAAACAGAUCAUUGAGGACCAGUCUGGGCACUACAUCUGGGUCCCAUCCCCAGAGAAACUCUGAAGAUGUUCCCCACCUUCUUCCCUGUGAGCAGAAGAUCUCCAAAGUCCCACCCCACCCAAGCCCUCUGCCCUGAGGGGGGAGAUAUGAAAACUAUUCCUGCCCCCUUUUUUUAGAUCGUCACAAAAUUGAGUUUUCUAGUCCUGUUUCUUUGGUUGGAAUGAACUCAUCUCAUUCAUCACAUGACUGUUCCCACCGUUCCUGCAUGGACCUUCCCACUGCUCCGUUAGAGACAGAUGAGAACCCAUUCAAGGUCGUUUUUUAUUAUUAUUAUUAUUA